UCAAAAUGGCAGCUUCCAUAGACUUGAAUGUUGCAAAGAAAAAUUUACAGGAAAGUUUGGGCGAUGAAAUGAAACUGUACCUUCAGAAUAUGAAAUCCUGGUUCAAGCAGAAGAUUACCAAAGAGGAGUUUGAUCUGGAAGCUAGGAAACUUUUACCUGAACAUGCAGUAAAUCUACACAAUGAAUUCCUCCUGGCAAUCAUAUCUAGAUGUCAGACUCUCAGUUCCUCAUUAGUACCAAGAGAAAACAGUAUUGCUGGAAAAGUAUCAGAAAUAUCCAAGAACCCUAAGCCUGGAGAUCUUGCUAAACAUGUCAAGUCCAAACUCAAUAAGCUCCGGAGGAGGUCUGUGGCAUCAAAGAGUGCCCAGAGAUUUUCAGUGACUAAUCCAUUGAUUAAAUUUCCACUUGCCAGCUUAAAAGGAGCUGAAGAUACAGAAUUUGCUUCCCGUGAAAUGGUGCUACCAGACAUUACAAUGGUCCAUGGGAGAAUGUUAGUUUGUGCCUGGGAGGUGGGGCUGGAAGAAGUGACAGACACCACAGUUAAAUAUGUCAUGCAGGCAGUGGAGAAUGUUUUAAAGAAUGUGAUAUCUGUGAUCUUAUCACAACGGAAUGGCUACAAACUCCGUGAGAAGAAGAUGAGAUUUUCCAUGGGAUCCUCCACUCAGAAUCCGUAUCAGAGACAAUCCUACCUCAGGCAUGACAGCAGAACAGAGAGUGAAGCUACAACGGUAAUUAACAGUGGGUCACAUGUGCCCUGUCUGAAGCACACAACAGAACUGGGGGAGGAGGAGGGAGUAUACGAGCUGGCCAUGUCAGACCCUGUGCCCCCAAACCCCCCAGUCUCCAUGUUUGACCUUUUGCAUGCCUUACAAAGUCACCCCAGUAUCAUCCCCUCCCAUGCUGUUUAUGAGCCCGCUGUACAGAGAGCCAUCCAUCACCUGUUUCACCCCUCCCACGAAAACAUCAACCAGGAGCUGAUACAUCAACAGGAGCAGGCCCUCACACAGAACUAUACACCGAUCAACAGAUAACAGAGGCACUGAAUCCUUAGAG